UGCAGCCGCUGAGCUUUCCCACACCAAAGAAGAGCUGGAGUGUCGCCUUGCUGUGAGUGCGCGGUUGUCUUGUGGUUGAGGAUAUUUUACCUGUCUAUAUCAAACGGGGAAAUUCCACCAUGCCUUCCAAUGCUCAAGGUGGUAAAGCUUUCGGUCUUCUAAAGGACCAACAACGACAAAAACUGGAAGAGAUAAACCAGGAAUACUUAGAAGAUCAGAAGUACAGUGAUGAAGAGGAUUUGGCUGUGAAACUGGAAGGUUUUAAAAAUAAAUAUGCAGAAUUUGACCUGAAUGACCAAGGAGAGAUUGAUUUGAUGGGUCUGAAAAGGAUGAUGGAGAAGCUUGGAGUACCUAAAACUCAUCUAGAAUUGAAGAAAAUGAUUGUAGAAGUAACGGGAGGUAGCAGCAACACUAUCAACUACAGGGAUUUUGUGAAGAUGAUGCUUGGAAAGCGCUCUGCAGUACUUAAGCUCGUCUUAAUCUUUGAGGACAAAGCUAAUGGCUCCCCGUCCAAGCCAUCAGGGCCCCCUCCAAAGCGGGACAUUGCCAGUCUGCCUUAAGCCCAGAUGUUUCCAGUCUACAGUGGAAGGACUGUUGGUCAUCUUGUGUAAAUGAGCCUUUCUUCUUCAUUAUCUUGGGUGUUGUUGUAGUGCGAGAACAGUCUGUAAGGAUUUGAACUUUGUAACUUUUAUCAUAAAUGACCCCAGUGUUGUGUAUUUGAAAGACACCUGGAUUUACUUCAUGUUGGACUGUGAAUAUCUUUGACCCAUUUAUUUUUAAUAUGUAGCAAGGCUAGUUUUGUGUUUUAUAAUUGCAUUUUAAGGGAAACUGUGUCAUUGUGUUAUUUUUACAAGAUGCUGUUUGAAUGCAUUGAAUAAUUUUAUUUCCAAACUCUUUUUUUUUUUUUUUUUUUUUUUUUUUUCCAGUGUGCUCGGUCUUUUUGAUAGGCUCUUUUGUGUAACUAUGCUUCAGGUUAGGCACUGUUGCUCUACAUUUAUAUAGAGAUAAUGAGAAGCUUGAAAGAAUACUGAUCCAGUUGGUAUGGGUAACUACUGAAUGUUGUUAACGAUGGCUUAAGUCUGUGGGACUGUCUUCAACCUCAGAUGGACAACACGGAUGACAAUGUUGAUUUCAUGUUGAAAUGUCAGUAGUUACACAUAUAAGUAACAUUAUUCUCUACAAUCAUUUUCUCCAAGUGCCUCGCUUGCAACUUGCUUGAGGAAAUGCAUAAGGUUCAGUUCAAUUGGUAGAAUUAUUGUUGUAAUUUUUUAACAUUUGUCUUUUUAAACAUGAAUUGUUGAUUUAAAUUCUGUAUGUUGUACAUAUAUUUAAUGGGGAUUUUCUUAACAUUUUGUAACAUUGUGUUGUUUCCUUAAACAUUACAUUAAUUAAGCAAUUUUGUGUUUUUACUGCUUUCUCAUCCACUGUUAAGUCAAAUGU